AUGAGCUUUAUUGUGAAUAAAAUCGAAGAGAAGGUUGGUUUAGAUUUGAAUAGAGACGGCCGAAUUGGUGGUCCUGGCUUGACGGAUAGCAUCGAAAAGAAAACCCAUAUCGAUUUUAAUCGCGAUGGAAUUGUCGGUGCUCAUCGACCACCAGCUGGCGGAGGAUUAGUUGGUAAAAUCGAACGAGCAACCCAUAUUGACAUCAACAGAGACGGUUUUAUUGGUGGACCACAUGGUUGUCAUCCACCGCAAGGUCAUAAGAAGCAUAAGUAG